AUGGACGGGUCAGCUUCUGGGGGACGCAGUCGCGUGGACGGCAUCUACGGCCAGGUGGACGGCAAAUGGGAGGAGGUGAGUGGUCUGGACGAGGAGAACAACAGCGUGAGGACCUAUCAGAUCUGCCAGAUGGAUGGCGCCUCCAGCCAUUGGCUGCGCAGCGGGCUGAUCCAGCGGCGGGGAGCGUCCCAGGUGUACGUGGAGCUGCGCUUCACCAUGAUCGAGUGUUCGUCCAGAGUCACACACCACCGCAGCUGCAAAGAGACCUUCAACCUCUUCUACUACCAGGCCGACUCUGACGAGGCUACACCCACUCACCCAUCCUGGAUGGAGAACCCCUAUACUAAGGUGGACACAGUGGCUGCAGACUUCCUGCUGAGGAAGGGCGGGGAGCGUAAGUUCAAUGUGAAGACCCUGCGGCUGGGGCCUCUGUCUAAGAGGGGUUUCUACCUGGCCUUCCAGGCCCAGGGAGCCUGCAUGGCCCUGCUGUCUGCCAGGGUGUUCUUUAAGAAGUGUCCCGCACUGGCCAGCUCCCUGUCCUCCUUCCCUGAGACCGUACCCCGCACCCUCGUACAGGAGGCCCAGGGGGUGUGUGUGGACAACGCUGCCCAGCAGGGGCCCCGGACACGCACACCUAAACUCUUUUGUGGAGAGGACGGCCAAUGGGUGGGCCAGCCCACUACCUCCUGUGGCUGUCUGCCCGGGUACGAGCCCGCCGACGGACACACCCGCUGCUCAGCCUGUUCUGUGGGUCAGUUUAGGUCUGGCUCGGGGGGCCAGUGCAGGCCUGUCAGGGUUCCGCAUGCUGUGGUGACAGGCUCACCUGUGUGUCAGUGUCGUCCAGGAUACCUCCGCGCUGACUCUGACACUCCAGACACCCCAUGUACCAGACCCCCCUCUGCCCCACGCAGCAUCGUGACCCAGAUCAACGACACCACGGUGACUCUAGAGUGGAGCGAGCCCAUGGACAGUGGCGGCAGAACUGAUCUGAGCUACUCUGUGGAGUGUUCCCUGUGUGGGUCCCCUAGGGGUCCGUGCUCACCCUGCGGGGACAGUGUCAGCUACAGACCCUCUCAGCGAGGCCUGCUGGGCCGCAGGGUGGUGGUCUGGGGCCUCAUGCCUCACACCACAUACACCUUCUCUAUCCAYGCCCUCAACGGGGUCUCCCCUUUCAAUGGCAAGGGGGCACCCAGCGAUAGAGUUAACAUCACCACCAGUCACGAGGUUCCAGUGCUGCUGUCUGUGAUCAGGAAGAGUAUCUCUACAGAGAGCAGUCUGACUCUCCACUGGUCCGUUCCAGCCCAGCCCCACUACACCAUCCUGCAGUACCAGCUACGCUACUGUGAGCCGGUGAGGAGGACCAGAUCUCUCUCUCUCCUGAGAACUCCUCAGAACCCCACCUACACAGCUCUUCUGGUGAGACUACUGCACCUGUUCUUCCUCAACCGAAGCCCAUUGAAAUCCCCUACGCGCUGGACCGCCCCAGAGGCUCUCGCCUUCAGGAAGUUCACCUCAGCCUCCGACGCGUGGAGCUACGGCAUCGUCAUGUGGGAGGUCAUGUCGUUCGGAGAGAGGCCCUACUGGGACAUGAGCAACCAGGACGUGAUCAACGCCAUAGAGCAGGACUACCGCCUACCGCCGCCCCCUGACUGCCCCACCCACCUCCACCAGCUGAUGCUGGAUUGCUGGCAGAAGGAGCGCUCGGCCCGCCCUCGCUUUGCCGCCAUCGUCAGCGCCCUGGACAAGCUGAUCCGCAACCCUGCCUCGCUCAAGAUCAUGGCCCAGGAUGGUGCAGGGCCGUCCCACCCCCUGCUGGACCAGCGGGCCCCCCCGGCCCCCUCAGCGUGUGGCUCCGUGGGGGAGUGGCUGAGGGCCAUCAAGAUGGAGCGCUACGAGGACAGCUUCCUCCAGGCUGGAUUCACCUCUGUAGACCUGUUGGCCCAGAUCACUGCUGAGGACCUGCUGCGCCUGGGAGUGAUCCUGGCUGGACACCAGAGGAAGAUCCUGUCCAGCAUCCAGACUCUGACCAUGACCAAGAGCCCUGGAACCAUACGCUUCUAACCCCAGCACAACUCACCUUGACCCCUGACCUCUUGCCCUGACCCAACACAGACACCAGCACGCACACACCACACAGAACAUGGCACACCCAUGGACCUAUCCAGCACCCUGUGGUGCUGCACCCACGCAGUUCCUCACCCUGGCACCAGUCCCUUCUUAGACAUGAAGUCCAUCAGUGUAGUGACAGAGCCUCAAUACCAACUUAUUAUAGAUGAUCUUCCCUACAAGCUGUUCAACCUGUCCUUAUUGACCACCGAGCGGUCAGUCAGGCCUGGUGCUGGGGUCUGGUGGGAGACUGCCUCACUGGCUAGUUCACCCUCACUCCUCCUCUGCUUCACUGCUUGAAUGUUUACCUGUGGUCCUGAACACACUGGUGAUACUAGUGGAAGCACAGAUCAACGCCAACCUAAGGACUAUAGCUUUUCUAUUGGUGUAUUUCAUGAUGAAGAAUAUGAACUAGCCAGUAGCAGACUACGUUACUGAAACAUGGUGACACUUUCACAAAUGUUGUGUCUUGGAUUAUUCAUCCAUGUGGAUUAUAUGAUGAUGUGAUUACAGCUCUUUCAACGGACUGGAAAAUGUGUGUUUGGACUCUUAUCGGAUGGGCCUCACGUUUUCCUUUGGUUUUCAAAAUGCCUUGCCUUUCCUCAGGUGUUAUGGGUAAUGUAGGCAUUUAGACCAGAACAGACUGUAGUCAUACAAGCCUUCCUCUCCUCAUCUUCCUCAGUGACUGUGCAUGACUCUCCUGGGUCAGCUGUGUGGGAGGAGAGCAGGACUGAGAUCAGCACUUUUAUAGACUGAGCGGGGGAGUUGGGUUUUUUAGUCAGAGAUAGAGCUCUCUCUGUCUGACUACACCUCUGCUCCUCUCAGAAGCUGCAGCACUUCCUGUGUUUCUCUUGGGGUAUGGCUGGUUGGGCAUUUCCACUUCCUGUUGCUGCUGAACUGGGCAGCUCACUUCCACACACUCAGACUGAAGGAGGUCCCUGACCGUGGUUAACGAGACCAAGAGAACACUGCUUAAGUAUUUUCUAAUUGGACGACUUGACCUGGACAGACAUCAGCCUCUCAUUACUUGGUUGAUAUUAUUGUAGGUGUGUUUCCGUCUUGCUCGAGUGCCAUUUGAUCUUCUAUGUGAAUUGAAAUCAAAAUGCCUUUUCUAUAAAGCGGAAAGCCCUCCCAGGGUGAUACAGUUAGAUCUACCAUACAAAGUCCCUUCAGAUGCCACCAGUUUCACAUGUUUAUGUUUGGGGAGAUUGUGUGCUUCCUUGUUAACUAAAGGAUUGUGGGUAAGUGGUCUUCACAUUGAGGAUCUGUUAUGAAAACAGGGACCUAUCUUUUAUAAAGUUGCCUUUUAAAAUAUUGUGUAGAUAAGUAUGUUUUGAUUCCCCCAUCCUUUCUGUGUGUAAUGUGUAUUCAGUCACAAUAAAGACACACACCAGUGUUUAUCA